AUGAAUAAGUACAACAGCGAGCUGACCCAGAGGGAGCAGGAGUUGCUGAAAAUCCGGCGGGACAGCGACACCAAGGCUGCAGAACUGCUCAAGAUGGAGAAGAUGCUGGAGCAAACCAAGAACCUGAUGGACAAGAAGACAGAGUGUGGUCCGGAGAGCCUGGGCUACCAAGAAAACAUGGUAGAGAACCUGGAGGAAAAGGUGCGCUCCAGCAGACGAUACAGGAGGAACUCCCUCCAUCACACGCAGAUGCUGGAGAGUCAGAUGAAAACGGUGAAGGGCGAGCUGGUGGGCACGCUUGAUCACCUCCAGCAGCUGAGGAGCGUCUUGCGUCGUUCGCAGCAGAAAGCGGAGGAGCGCAAAGCGGCGAUGGAGAAGCUGGCGGCAGGGCUGAGGUGAAGGAGGCUCAGACCUUUCUGCUGCGUGAUGCAUACACACUGGAUGAAGGUAGAACGAAGCUGCUGUCUAGGUCCUCAGAAGUUUGCUGAUCUGCCAGUGAUAACAUCUAACAGACUGUAUUACAUUUUAAAUACUAAAUGAUAAUAAUUUCCUAGUUAUUUAUCUCUGGAAACAAUAUCAUGAUGAUGUCACUCUACUAUAUUAUUAUAUAUAUUAUAUCACUUUGAGACACACUUUUUAAAACUAUUAUGACUAAUUUGUACAGUUUUACCGAUUUCUGUUCCUUUUUCUUCUGAAAACAUGGAGCUCAAUUGGUGUAAUUUCAUAUGGUAUCAGAACACAAUAUUUAGAUCCAUGUGUCCUGACCAGGUCAUUGAAAUACGUGUUCUUCGAAAACAACUGACAACUUUAUUUGAAUAUGAAUAUGUUUUAUUUAAUAUUGAAAAUAAAUUGUAUGCAUUUGUUUUGUAAAGUGUCAGUUUCUACAUUGAUUAUAGCCGUCUUGUUAGAUUCAUUGGUAAUUAUACAUUACUUGGAUUAACAUCUGCAGUUUAUCUGUUUGGAAAAGAACACAAAGCUUCAUAAGUGUGUUCAGUAACUGUGCAGCAGCUUCGAGUGUCGUCCUUUCCUCGGGGAUCAAUAGUCUGCUGCUGCUUCUUGUGGUGAGUCAUCUGAAGUCUGUAUUUGGACCUUCCCUGUGGCUGCAUCUUUCAUACAAUGUCACAUGCAGACGAUCUGUGUGUGUGUGUGUGUGUGUGUGUGUGUGUGUGUGUGUGUGUGUGUGUGUGUGUGUGUUUAUUUAAUACCAUGGCAUGUUAACUCUUAAUAUUAACUUCUGUGGUUUCAGUGUAGGCUUGUUGCCGUGUGUGAGAUCCUCAUUGAUCCUCUUUUUAUUUAACGUGUGGAGCAUGAUAAUGAUGAUGAGGAAGUACAUACAGUCACUAUUGUUGUUUGUUUCAACAAUAAACAAAAAGUUGUUCCUUUAACUUUCCUGUAACAACAAAUGACCUUGAAAAGGGGGCUAGGUCAGUUAGGGUAGGUAAGGUCAGUGGAUUUGACCUUGCUUUACAAAGACAUGAAUACGUAACAUCUGACAAUCAUCCCAGACUUUAAUUUAAAUAUUACAUAGUUAAUUAAUUAUGACAGCAGCCCCAAUUCCUGAAGCAUAGUUAUGAUCGCUGUUUUACACACAGAUUAGGGAAACAAUGUAAUGCUUGAAUGCAGCGUUUUGCCAUCAUCAUAAAACCUAGAGUAAAGCUGAUACUCAACCCUUUGCACCUCUUCUUCUAAACUCCUCUGCAGUCUUCUAUGCAGGAGCCAUGAGCCACAUGAAGGCUAUUAUUGUUAGAGACUUGUGUGUUUCACACCACUAAAGGGCUGCCACACCACUUUAAUUACAGCAAAACCUGUUUUAAAUCUCAAAGGUGAGAUAACAGGUUAGUCUGCCUGCCAACCGGAGACUUCCCUCAACUUCAUUUGGUCUAUAAGCUGUUUACAGGGUCGCCUUUAGUUACCCAGACGCUGCUUACACAUGCUGGCCACAGGAACUCAGCAGCAUCCUCCAGCCACUUACAGUGAGCAUAAAUUCUGUCUUGCAUAACAAACUUGCCACUGUAAGAUUAUGAAAGUGUACAGAGGCGAGAAAGAGAAAAACACAUUGUCCACGAGAACAAUGACAGAUAUCCUUGUUAUGAAUGUUCUGUGUUGUUUACUGCAUCCAGAUGUUCAGAUUCAGAUCGUAGCAAUAGAUGUGGCCGGAGAUUGCUACUGGAUUGUGGAAAUACAAACAGAGUCAUUGAAAUGCAUAGUUUUAUUCCUAGACUGCUUCAGCUUCUGUGGCUGAGUGAACUACAAUCUGACACUCUGCUAAAGCUUUUCACUGUUGAGAUUGCAGCUUGUUUGAAUUUGCAGAUAAAUUAAUAAAAGUAGAUGGAUUUUUAAAUUUGUCUACUCAGGCGCUCACAUUCUUGAUAGGUAAGCAUGUUUUGCCUAAGGAUCAAUCUAAACGUGUUACCUCUGAUGUUGCCCACACCUGAACUUUGUUUCACAUACAGAAGAAUUCCUCACCUUUGUGACCUUUCUUGUUUUGUUGCCUGUUAGUUGUCCAGUUUGCCUGCUUCUUAGUUCAUGUCACCCUGUGUUUCUUAGUUUGCUUGUUUUAAGCAUUGAUCUUGUGUUGCUUAGUAACAUCACAUAUUCAUAUUAUAUGUUUGAGUCUCCCUGGCCUGUUCCUGCUUUUGCAAUGAUAACUUCUUGUAUUUGCCACAUGUUGUAGUUUUGCUUCCUGUUCAACCAGUGAUUUUCAGUUUGUAUUUCUUUUUUUCACGUCUCUUGCUACUGUGUCUGUUCCUUUACACAUGUUGUAUGUAGACAUCAGUUUUUCUUUGAAAAGUUUCCUCUCUAUUACUCUAUUACUCUAUUAUUCUAUUACUCUAUUACUCUAUUACUUUACAGAAUCCUUUCUGUUAUUUUUUAAACAUAGUAGCUGUGAUGUGUCUGAUCAUCUUGAUGCUUUUGGAUCUGGAGGAUUGUUAACAAUGAUGAAUAAAAACUUUGCCUAUCUA